AUGAAAAAGAGUCAAGUUUUCCUUGUAUCACCACAUUUGAUGUUUUUCCUGCCAGAGUCUUUGAUACCAAACCCGCGAGUUUCUUCGGCUCUCCUUGCCGACGAAGCAUUGAAGGUAGUUUUAAGUGAGAAGCUUUUCCGUGGCAGAAAUACGCUCGGAGAGUGUCAGUGCAGCCCGAUCGGCGCCAUCGCCGCCUCAUGUGACAAGCGUACCGGUCAAUGUGCCUGUCUGGCCAACGUUACCGGCCGGCGUUGCGACAAAUGCAAAUCAGGUCAUUGGAAUCUCACGCAAGGCGUCGGCUGUCAUGACUGUCGCUGUGAUCCGGCCGGUUCGCGCAGCCACGAAUGCAAUCCAUGGACGGGCCAGUGCGAUUGUAAGAUCGGUGUAGGCGGCCAACAUUGCAACGAGUGUACGGACGGUUUUUAUGGCUUCUCCACGGACGGCUGUCAACGUUGUACGCAGUGUGCGGGCGAGGGACAAGUUUGUGAUCCGUUGAAUGGUCGCUGCAUCUGUCCGCCGAACAGUCGUGGGUUGGGUUGUGCGCAAUGUGUGGCCGGUACUUGGGGUUGGCAACCGCGUCUCGGUUGUCGCAAUUGUGCUUGUGAUCGUAUCGGCUCCAUUGGCCAGCUGUGCGAGUCGACGAACGGACAGUGCCAGUGUCGUGAAGGCUACGCGGGUCGGCAGUGUGACACGUGUGCCAUUGGUUACUUUGGCUAUCCGGAGUGCCGGCGUUGCAAUUGUAAUGUGGACGGUUCAUUUGUGCACGCAGAUGGCUCGAUCACAUGCGAUGCGAACGGCCAGUGUCCGUGUAAAACAUUGGUUGUUGGUCUUAAAUGUGACACGUGCAUGAAAUCAACCUUUGGGCUGUCGGCGCUCAACCCGGAAGGUUGUACGCGUUGCUUCUGCUUUGGUCGUUCCAGUGAAUGCGAACAAAGCGAAUGGUCGUGGGGCCACAUACGCAUGGCAGAGGCGCGCAAUCUGAGCGUGCAGUACAUACGACCACAGUAUGUUACGAAUACAGAGUACGAGUACAUUGUAGUUGUGCAGAUGGCAGGUGCAAAGAGUUAUCGCGAGGAUGCUGAGAUACACCUGCUCAACGAUUUGAAUUUAAUUCCACGUUCUACGGGCAAUGUGUCAAUUGGCGCAUACACGAAUUUCUAUCAUCCACUCUACUUUCAAUUGCCGCCACAAUUCUAUGGCGAUCGCACAAGCAGCUAUGAUGGCUAUUUGUAUUUUACGCUGGUGAUCGAGGGCGCCAACCGUCCACUGGAACGUAAAGUGCUCGCCCGUUUUCCGCUAGUGCAAAUACACUCGCACAAAAAAUUGGUGCUCGACUAUUACGAAUAUGAGAACUAUGAGUAUGCGUUGAAUGUGACCUAUAAAGUGCCGCUGCAUGAGUCCGAGUGGAAGUAUCAUCACAACAGUCAGCCUGUGGAUCGUGCAACUUUGAUGGCGGCGUUGCAGAAUGUGAAGCAUAUUUUUGUGCGCGCCUCGGCCUUCGCCGACUUCACGGAAGUGGUCCUCCACAACGUUCACAUGGACUCAGCGAUCUAUGUCUACGGUUCCACGAAUAUGAUAGCCAAAGGUGUCGAACAUUGCAAAUGCCCCAAACGUUAUGAUGGACUCUCAUGUCAGGAUCCUGGAAAGGGCUACUACCGUUUCCGCAAUGUCACAGAAAUCGAAACCGUCUUCAUAGAGGAUCUCAUUGGGCGUGUAGUGCCGUGUCACUGUAAUGGACGCAGUAAUGAAUGCGAGCGCGAGACGGGCAUAUGCUUGAAUUGCCGCGACAACACGGGCGGUGGUCACUGCGAACAAUGCGCUGAAGGUUAUUAUGGCGACCCGAACUCCUCGUAUGGUUGUCAGUCGUGCCCCUGCCCGGAGACUAGUCGCAAUUUCGCCAAAGGCUGCAACGUAUGGCAGGGUGAAGUUAGUUGCAUUUGCAAACCCGGCUACACGGGGAAGCUCUGCGAUCGCUGCCGCCCUGGCUAUUUUGGCAAUCCACUUGCUUAUCCGAACAGCACCUGCCAGCCAUGCAAUUGCAAUUUGGAUGGCUCCGCUGGUGACGAUUGUGACAGCCAGUCGGGUCAAUGUCAAUGUCGGCCGGGUGUGACCGGUUUGAAGUGCGAUAGAUGCAUAGCGGAACGUAAUUAUCUGGAGGAGCGUGGCUGUCGCAUUUGCGACAAUUGCACGCUGCUUCUGCUGGACUACAUCGAGCUGAUAGGCAAUAAACUACGCCGCGGUUUGCACAAUAUGGAUCUCACUGGCAUACCCGCACCGUAUGUGAAAGUUGAGGACUAUGAGCGCGCUUAUAAUACGCUCCAAAUUCACUAUGAAGACUAUUCGAAUGCGCGCAAGCUGCUGGGAAGCUAUGACGCCAACGAUUUGCUAAAGAUUGACUCACACGCUGAGAAUAACAAAUUCCAGUCACGCAAAGCGCUGGCCACAGCGCUCAAACGUAAAGAAUCUACCGCCGAUUUGCGCAACGACGUAACCAUAUUGUAUGUGGAUAUAGGCGCGCUGCGUUCCGAUAUUUUGCAAUAUAUUUUCACGCUCAACAACUAUGGGAAGAGUGAGCAACAUAUGAGCCUACCGAUGGCCUUGGAUCAAGCGCGCUUCUAUUUGGACUCUAUAAGGCAGCACGAGCAGACGGUGCAGAACAUACGCAAUUCCACGCAAUGCGCUUGGCACUACUACUAUCAUUUCGGCAAUGCAUCGGAUGCAGCAUUCGACCAGAAGGCGCGUGUCGAAAUGUUUUGGCGCGACCUGAAUCAAACAAAUUUUCGCAUUUCCGAUAUGCGUCUACACGCCGAUCGUACGGUGGAGAUGCAAAAUGAGAUCGACGAUAUACUGGAACAUGUGGUGAAUUUGCGCAAUCAUGUUGUGGAAGAUUUCAAUAAAGUCAAUGAGUUUGGCGCUGAUGUUAAUGAAUACUUGAAUCAAAGUUUAAUACCAGACACGGACAAGCUGAUUGAGCAGAAUUGGGCACAACAGGAGCACUUGAGUGGUGUAACCGAUUCGAUAGAUAGACUAUUUGAGCAGUUGAAUAUUUCGUUGGGUGAGAGUGAGGGCAUGCAGCGAGAGGUGCGCAAGCAUUGGCUGCCGAAAGCGCAAAAGCAUGCGGCGAGAUUGAUGGAGCGCUCGAAUGAAUACGCCAGGCAAUUCCAGCCGACAAGGAAUGGAGCGAAAAUUGCGUUAUUGGCGAGUUCAGCGCACAAAAAUAUUUCCGAUGCCAUCACAGCUGCACGGCAAGCCUCUUUGGACGCAAACGAACGUGUUUUAGAAGCUCAGCGCAGACUCUACCCCGACGAUGGUAGCUCCGUGAUUGAACGAGCAAAGGUUUCGCUCAACAAGUCAAAAAUACUACAAAAGGAAGCGGUCGAUGAAAUGGAACGCACAAAUGCGCUUAAGCAAAAGCUGAAAGUGCACGAAGACAAAGUGGAGCGCAUUAAAUCAACUAUCUAUGACGCUGGUACGCGCACCAACAACGUUUCAGCGCACUUGCAUGCCGCAACCAACAACUCGGCACGCAAACUGGCCGUGGAGAGUAUUGAAAUGGCUAAGAACAUUAGCGAAGAAAUGCGUCAUGAGCUGCAUAAAGCUAGACGGAUGCAUGAAGAGAUUUUGAGGUUACGCGCCAAGUUUGCUAUCUUGGAACCCGAUUGGGAAAUCAAGUUAGGCAGAGCUGAAGAGAAUAUCUCACUCACCAAAACCAACAUUCGACUAGCCAACAUAUCGCUGUCCUACGUGGAGGAGCAAUCACAAAAGGAGAAAGCGAAAUUCGAUGAGUGGAAUAGUACGAUGUCAAGACAAAUGCAGGAAAUACGCGAUAAAAUAGCCAAAGCGCGCCAUGCAGCCGAAGGGAUCAAAAUCUCCUUGGAAUCGCUUAACCCGAAAUGCACACGCACCUACUUGCCUACCUUAUAUGGACUCUCCACUUCGAAUACCAUCAAAAUAUCGUUUGCGCUGCCCAAUCGUCACGGCAACUCACCACUGUUGCACAUACAAGGCAGCGAUGGACGUUACAUCGCACUCGAUCUCUACAAGCGACAUGUGCGUCUACUUUGGAAUCUCGGCGGCACUACGACAAUCAUCACACAUCCAUUAGAAGUACAAACUCGUGAUCCGAAAUAUGAUGACGCCUGGUAUCAUGUGGAAGCGAAUCGCACACUGAAUAUCGGCAGUCUUCUAGUGCGGCGCAUGAACAACUACGGGUCAUUGGUACCUGGUCAACCGGUCACAGGUAAUACCGAUGCCAGCUAUACGCGUUUCUUCCAAACACCCAACGAACGCAUAUACCUGGGCGGUUAUCCGAGCGACAUGUCACAGAAGGAGCUGCAGCAAAGUGUGGGACUAAAUGUUGUCGUGCACAGUGUGGAAGUGGAUAACCGUCCUUUGGGCAUAUGGAACUUUAUUACGAGUGAGGGGCGUUGUGGUGGCGCUAUUGUGGGCGCGCAGGAAUCCACUUCGACUUCGAUUGCGCGUCACUUCAACGGUUUGGGCUAUGCAGAGGUGAAAAAGUCGCGGUUGAGAUCGUACAGAAUGAAUUUGUUUGCGCUACAAAUGACCUUCAAGACGCUGGACGAGAAUGCACUGCUAUUUUUGGCGGUUGAUGAUAAGAAUAAUCGCUCCGUCUCAGUGACGCUCAGUCGUGGUCGCAUUAUGUUCCGCAUAGAUUAUGGCGAUGAAUCGAAAUUGGAAAUAAAUACCACCAACAAAUACAAUACGGGUAAAUGGGUUAAGAUUGAGGCAGCGCGCGAGUUUGUGCCCAAACGCGGCACGGAGAAUGGCAUAUUGCGCGUGGACAAUGAGCGCGCCAUCACUGGCUCACCAACGGUGCCCAUUAAAAGUCACAUGUUGCCCGAUCUGUCGAAACCAGUUUACUAUUUGGGUGGUGUGCCGCCGGGCUUCAAAUCGGGCACCUCCAAAGCGCCUGGCGCCGACAAUCCCUUCCUAGGCUGCAUGAAGGAUGUGCAGGUCAAUAGAGAAACAUACGAUCCGCUUGAGAGCUCAACACAUUUCGGUGUAGAGCCAUCCUGCAAAGAAAUCAUAACAAAAGCGGGCUUCACAGGCCAGGGCUACAUCGAGCUACCCUCCCAAUCGCUACGCAAACGUGCCAAUACCGGCUUUGUUUUCCGCACUUUACAACCCGAUUGCCUGCUGCUACUCUCUGCCUAUCCCCCGGAAGUUGCUGAGGACUAUGAUGACAAGGAUAUCAAAGGCAACUACUCGAUCUCCUUAAUCGGUGGCCAUCUACAAGUAUGGAUCAACUCUGGGCGCAGUAUUUUGAAAAUAAUCUCAAAUAACACAUUGAAUGAUGGCGAAUUUCAUGUGGUGAAUUUAAUAAAAAGUGGCCGAAAAUUUGAAUUGAUGGUCGAUGAUGAAUUGCAAGAUACAAAGAGCCUGACGGGCGCACCCACACUUGUCAGCAUGCCACGCGAUGCUGGUGGUCUGUAUAUAGGUGGUGCGCCGCCUUACGAGGAAUUCACGCCACUGGCGCCGACGUUCAUCAAAUUGCAGGGCGCUAUACGGGAUGUGGUCUUCAAUAAUCACACGAUGAACUUAAAUCAGGCAGUAGCUUUUUCGAAUGUGCAAAUCGGGCGUAAUGGUCCGCCGAUGGGCACCGUGAAUGGACUGAUCGAUGUACUACUUAAGACUGAACCGAUGAUUGGGAAGAGUUUUACUGCAUCGCCAGAGGGAUGUUUGAGGGUCGGCAGCUAUUCAUACGAGCCGAGCGCUUUCAAAUUUGGCGAUGUUUCACACAGUUACGCCCAACUUCAAGUGCCGCAACGCAAUUUCUGGCAACGCAAUUUCUACAUAUCUUUCGAUUUUCGUUCCUUCUACCCCAACGGUUUAAUCUUCCUAGCACCGGGCACUAAGGAGAAGCACAAACACUAUGUUGCGCUCCUACUCAAAAACGGUCAGCUCUUACUGAUUGUGCGUGGGCGUCGACGUGAAGAAUUGAAAUUGACUGCGAAAUUGGACGAUGGCGAAUGGCAUCAUGUGACGAUUUUGUGUCAGGAACGCAAAGUUACCAUGUCCGUGGAGAUUGGCCAAACGGAUCAGAAGACAUCAGCACAAAUGAAGGUGCCUAAGAAGAUUGCCGCUACGAAUUUGCUGUACGUUGGUGGUUUGUCCGAGAAGGUGCCGAAGCUACCAUCGGAGUUGUUGCAACGAUUGGAGGCAUUCAAGGGUUGUCUGCGCCGCAUGACCAUCAAUAAUAGCACGCAGGACCUGGCGCGGCCGGGCAAGCACCAGCAUGUUGGACAGUGUUUUCCGAAAGUGGAGAAGGGGUCGUACUUCCCCGGUGAUGCUUAUGCGAUAUAUAAACGCAACUUCCAUGUUGGCAAAUACUUGGAAUUCGAGCUGGAUUUUCGCACGUCGGAACUAUUCGGUGUACUACUGAGCAUCUCUGAACCAUCAGGUUUUCCAGCGUUAUCACUAGAACUCAACAAUGGCAAUAUUAUCUUCUCUACCGAUCUGGGUGAUGGCAUGCCCUUCCGCGUACAAUCACAACUACCCAGCAAAUAUGCUUUGUGCGACAAUAAAUGGCAUAACAUAUCGGCGCUCUACGAUUACGAACACAUCACAUUGCGCAUCGAUCAGAUGGCGACCACAAAGGCGAGAUCAACACAGCAACGCAACAAUAGCCGAGUACAAACAAAGUCGGCGCUCUAUAUAGGCGGCAUACCAGAAAUCGCGCCCACCGGCACGCUGCUGACGCGCGAGAAUUUCAAAGGCUGCAUACGCAAUGUGUCGAUACGACAGGAGCGACGCGAUUGGAUCGAUAUGGAUGAGUUACAUAAUGUAUUGCUGAGUGAAUGCCUGCUGACAGGAGCGGAGAAUUGAACAUUGCAAAUGUAGAUGUGCGUGUGUAUGCUGGCGUAUAAAUAGUUUCACUGCAGCUAAUAUCAAAUAUUCUCCAUGAAUGUUCAAACCGUUGCAAAAUGGCGGCAUGUAGGGGGACGAGCGCCAAGCUGAGCUAUGUUGUGAUCUUCUUUGAUGUUUUUGUAUGGGCGCGUGAGCGCGAGCGUCUAGUAACGGAGUAACGUAUUUGUCAACGUGGCAUUUCUACAAAAAUUGGGGAAGUUUGUUUUGUUUUUAAUUUACAACAACAGUAAUCAGCUCAAAUUAGUACAAAAUAGAUGUAGUUAAUAACAUCACCGCGUAAAGGGGGGCAGUAGAGAGCAUUAUUUGUUGUGGAUCAAAUGGGAAUUAGUAUUCAUGUGUGUGUACCAAAAUCAAACAGCUUAACUGAAGAACGUGCGCUAUACUGCAGGCUCGACACUGUACUAUGACCAGCUGCUAUUUAUUGUGAUCAAUAUUUUAAUUUAGCGUUGCAAAGCGGCUAAAGCGCUAGGAGUAAAUCUUAAUGUUAGACGAUUUAUAUAUAAAUACAAACAUACAUACAUAUAUAUUUUAUUGAAUGUCGAUAAAAUAUGAACGACACUGCCAUAAUGCAUUUACGCUUACGAACACGCUAUGGAAAUUUUUUGUAUAAAUAUAAGAAAAA